GUCGUUCCACCAACAUCAGAUGAAAAUGUUACUGUGAGCGAUACAACAUUUAACAGCAUUCCUGUUCGUAUAUAUGUGCCAAAACGAAAGCCAGAAUCGUUAAGAAGGGGCUUAUUUUAUAUUCAUGGUGGUGGUUGGUGUUUGGGUAGUAAUGCUUUUAAAGGUUAUGACUUACUGUCAAGGUGGACAGCAGACAGACUUGAUGCAGUCAUCAUAUCAACCAACUACAGACUAGCCCCAAAGUAUCAUUUUCCAGCUCAAUUUGAAGAUGUAUACACUGCAUUAAAGUGGUUUUUGCACCCCAAAGUUCUUGAAAGCUAUGGUGUAGACCCUGGGAGAGUUGGUAUUUCUGGAGACAGUGCUGGAGGAAAUUUAGCUGCAGCAGUGACUCAGCAGGUUUGAGUGUUUGUGCAACUGAACCAAGGCAAAACAAAUUUUCGCAUUGCGUUG